CUCUUUUGAGGGGGCUAUAUCGCGUUUGAAAGUAAUCAUCACCUGCAAUGUCGACUUCUUUUGGUCAACUCUAUACCUCUAGGCUGAGUGGUGAAGGCGAGUUUAGACUAUUGACAGUCCAGCCAGAGAUAGGCGAAGAUCAAUGGAUUCAUUGUAUCCUGCAUACUGUAAACAUAAAAGAGCACCCUGGCUACAUUUGUCUCUCAUAUACUUGGGGUCCCCCGACAUCCGAAGCAGCAGACGAAGGUAUCACAAGCCGCGCAACACAUUAUAUUAGAUGCAACGGGAACACUAUCCUGGUCACUAAAAACCUCUACGACUUCCUACAAAGAGUACGUCGCGACCGCGAGUUGUGUUCGCAGAAUUUUUGGGUUGAUUCUAUUUGUAUCAACCAGGAAGACCAGAUAGAGAGAGCCAGCCAAGUCAGUUCUAUGGCAUCAGUUUACCGAUCCGCGGACAUGGUCAUUGCCUGGCUGGGCGAAAAGGACAUAUACACUGAGGACGCUUUCUCCCUCAUCAGGACUGUGGGAUCCCUUUCUGAAGACAAUCUCAAGCAGAUUGUAGCGAGAAAUGUAGGCGCUGAGGAUAUCGUGGACUUUCGACGUCCUCUUUCCAGUGAUUGGGCAUGGAAUUCAAUGAAACAACUGUGGAGGCGCAACUACUUCAAACGAGCUUGGAUUAUUCAAGAGGUGGCUCUGGCGAAGAGGAUAUUAGUCAUUUGUGGUGAAUAUUUUCUCGACUGGGACCAUAUUGCUCGUGUUUCCAGAAUUCUAACACUGACGCCUUGGAAACGGGCGUCAAAUAUGAAUGCACACGACCGAAAAGCCCGAGUCGAUUCAACUCACACCCUGCCACUAUACCUUAACUCAAACCGUAAGAUGGUGUCUUCAGGGAAAGGCUGUGAUUUAUUAUCCAUACUUAUCAAGGCGCGGCGAUUUCAAUGCUCUGAUCCAAGGGACAAAGUAUAUGCCUUGCUUGGUCUCCUGGGAGACCACGCAAAAGAUAAGAUGCGUCUCCGACCCGUCUACAAGGGCCGAUCCACUGCUGACGUCUAUGUCUCUACGGCGAUCCAGAUAUUGGAAGACACAAAUGAUCUAUUACUCCUUGCUCACGCAGAGGGGCAGGAUUUUCAACACAUAGAGGACCUCCCAUCCUGGGUUCCUGACUGGUCAUGCGAAAAGGGCUUGGGCCUUGGAAUUACCGGGUACACAAGAUUCGCUGCUGCGGCAAGCCUACCCCGGUUUCUUAGAAUUGAUGAAUCAAAUAAAUCCCUAGUCGUCCGUGGCUUAAAACUUGACAGAAUCGUUCAAGUUGGCGAGUCCAAGGAAGACGCGAUCAAUCAUAAGGGUCUCGCGUAUUUUCCAGGUUGGAUUUCUAUCUUAUCAGCUCUUCCUCCCAAGUACCACACCGGACAGCCAAGCACUGAAGUAUUCUGGAGGACCCUUAUCACCGAUACAGCUGGGCCUAACUCUCAACCAGCACAGCACCCGGCAGCAGAUAAUUUUAAGUUUGCAUUUUCCAGUUGGCUUGGGGAGCUAGUUUCGCGAUGGAGAGAUGAGCCCCCAUCUACGGAGAAAAAGCACUUUCUAGAGAAGAUCGACCACCUGGGCGCCUCGGACCAGUCUGGUCUUUUUCUAUAUGUCAUAGAGAAACAAAGCACAAGCUUGUUAAACGAUUCAGAUCGCAGCGCCUUACUCAAGCAAACCAACAGCAGCGAUCCUCCCCUUACGGGCGAUUACGAAGUCCGCUUAAACUAUUCUACCCAGACAAGGCUGGUACGAACCAACAAUAACUACCUGGGCCUCGCUACAACAUCUGUUAGAGAAAAUGAUUCUGUGUGGAUUGUGGCUGGCUCACGGAUCCCGCUCAUCUUGCGAGAAACCAGUCAACGACAUGUGUAUAGGCUCGUCGGAGGGGCGUAUAUCCAUGGGUUCAUGCAGGGGGAGGCAUUACAAGCUGAUACCAAAUUUACAGAUAUCGAGAUAGUGUAGA